UCUUCUUCUUCUUCUUCUUCUUCUUCUUCUUUUUGUAAAUUCCGAUUGUUGGUGCUUAUUUAUUUCCUCCAUGAUGUAAAAUGCCCUUUAUGUCGCCAUAUACAGGGGAAACACAUAUCUUAAGGAUCAUUGUGGAUUGUAUUGAACUUUCUUGUAAAAUGUGAAUGCAAACUUUCUGGUCUUUAAUAUAGUCAUCUUUAGAACAUAGGAAGCCAAAUUAUUGACUGAGAGGCGAUAUGUUCAUCUUAUUGCUCAAGUGGUCCUUUCUUGAUAGUCUUUAUAACAUAGAAGUGGUCCUAUAAAUCAACGUUUUUCUUUUUUGGCAUUUCCAUUACAUGAUUUAUGCCCUUGUCUUUGAUUUCCAUUUGGUUAUCAACAUUGGCAAGGGCAAUCUCAUUAGUGAACACUAGCUGUUUCUGUCCUGUUAUUUCAGCCUUCUUGGGAUCCUCAGCAGAUGCUAAAAUAGCUAGAGAUUAUACAAUUAGUACAAAAGUAGUUCUAGGAUUUUUAUUCUAAAUCAUGUCGGCCAUAACAUUUUUCUGGGUUGGGAGUAAGGCAUGUGAUGAAGUUGAGACAUAGAGCUUCUGCUUGGCUUUUCCAGGCAUUGUUAUUUGGUGGCAAAAUUACUGCUCUAUAGUUUUUCUUGAAGAAUAUUGACAGAAGUAUUGCUGCAACUAGAGGCAACUGAAUGAGAAUUUUGAACACAGUAAAUCACUUACAGUUACUGAGAAAAGAAUGUUUGGCUAGGAGUACAUUCUUAAAUCAAUGGUGAAAAUUUGCUUUAGAAUAUAUAUGAAAGUUUUUAUAUUACACAGCCAACUUGGUUCUCAAGUCUGGGUUGAAGACCCAGGAGAUGCUUGGAUUGAUGGACUGGUAAUAAAGAUUACAGGGAAGAAUGUCGUUGUCGAGACUCCAGAUGGAAAGAAGGUUACGGCCUCCUUAUCAAAACUAUAUCCAAAAGAUAUGGAAGCUCCUGCUGGUGGAGUUGAUGACAUGACGAAGCUCUCUUAUUUGCAUGAGCCUGGAGUUCUGCAGAAUCUGAAGAUAAGAUAUGAACUGAAUGAAAUCUAUACAUACACUGGAAAUAUUCUUAUUGCCAUUAAUCCGUUUCAAAGACUGCCUCAUAUCUAUGAUGCUCACAUGAUGCAACAAUACAAAGGAGCACCUUUUGGAGAGCUGAGUCCUCAUGUUUUUGCAGUUGCUGAUGUUGCUUACAGGGCAAUGGUCAAUGAGGGGAAAAGCAAUUCCAUUUUGGUCAGUGGGGAAAGUGGCGCAGGUAAAACUGAGACGACGAAAAUGCUUAUGAGGUACCUUGCCUUUUUAGGUGGUCGAGCUGCUACUGAAGGACGGACAGUUGAACAGCAAGUUCUUGAAUCAAAUCCAGUCCUUGAAGCUUUUGGGAAUGCUAAAACUGUGAGAAAUAAUAAUUCCAGUCGUUUUGGUAAAUUUGUUGAGAUCCAGUUUGAUAAACAAGGAAGAAUCUCAGGAGCUGCCAUCAGAACUUACCUUUUAGAGAGAUCUCGUGUUUGCCAAAUUUCUGAUCCUGAGCGCAACUAUCACUGCUUUUACCUUCUUUGUGCUGCACCACAGGAGGAGAUCGAAAAAUAUAAGUUGGGAAACCCAAAAUCAUUUCACUAUCUUAAUCAGUCAAAUUGCUAUGAACUGGUUGGUGUAAGUGAUGCCCAUGACUAUCUUGCCACAAGACGAGCUAUGGAUAUUGUUGGAAUAAGUGCUAAAGAACAGGAGGCAAUUUUUAGAGUUGUUGCUGCAAUCCUUCAUCUUGGCAAUAUUGUUUUUACCAAGGGAAAGGAUGUUGAUUCAUCAGUUCCAAAGGAUGAACAAGCUAAAUUUCAUCUUAAAAUGACAGCAGAGCUACUCAUGUGCAAUCCUGUAGCCUUGGAAGAUGCUUUGUGCAAGCGUGUCAUGAUCACCCCUGAGGAGGUUAUCAAGCGAAGUCUGGAUCCUCAAAGUGCAUUAGUUAGCAGGGAUGGUUUAGCUAAGACAAUUUAUUCACGCCUGUUUGACUGGCUGGUGGACAAAAUUAAUAAUUCUAUUGGACAAGAUGCUAAUUCAAAAUGUCUGAUUGGAGUACUUGACAUAUAUGGUUUUGAAAGCUUUAAGACUAACAGUUUUGAGCAGUUCUGUAUCAAUUUCACAAAUGAGAAGUUACAGCAGCAUUUCAACCAGCACGUCUUCAAAAUGGAACAAGAAGAAUACACUAAAGAACAGAUUGAUUGGAGCUACAUUGAGUUCGUCGAUAAUCAAGAUGUCUUGGAUCUUAUUGAAAAGAAACCUGGGGGAAUAAUUGCGCUCCUUGAUGAAGCUUGCAUGUUUCCAAAGUCAACACAUGAAACAUUUGCGAAUAAGCUUUAUCAGACAUUUAAAGUUCACAAACGGUUUAUCAAGCCGAAAUUGUCUCGAACAGAUUUCACCAUUGCUCAUUAUGCUGGAGAGGUCCUGUAUCAAUCUGACCAAUUUUUGGACAAGAACAAAGAUUAUGUGGUUCCUGAACAUCAGGAUUUGUUAAGUGCUUCCAAGUGUUCAUUUGUAGCAGGCCUUUUCCCUCAACUUCCAGAAGAAACAAGUAAAUCUUCAAAGUUUUCUUCUAUUGGUUCUCGCUUUAAGCUACAACUACAAUCAUUAAUGGACACGUUAAAUUCUACUGAACCUCACUAUAUCAGAUGUGUAAAGCCAAACAACUUGCUCAAACCUGCCAUAUUUGAGAAUGUCAAUAUCAUGCAACAAUUGCGUUGUGGUGGUGUUCUAGAAGCAAUCAGAAUCAGUUGUGCUGGAUAUCCUACUCGAAAACCCUUCUUCGAAUUUGUAAACAGAUUUGGGCUUCUUGCUCCAGAGGCUUUGGAAGGAAACUACGAUGAAAAGGCUGCUUGUAAAAAAAUUCUAGAAAAGAAGGGGCUUCAAGGCUUUCAGAUAGGCAAAACGAAGGUAUUCCUAAGAGCUGGUCAGAUGGCUGAAUUAGAUGCACGGAGAUCUGAGGUCCUCAGCACUGCAGCAAAAACUAUCCAGCGGAGAAUACGGACUCAUUGUGCUCGUAAACGGUUUAUUGCAUUGCGAAAAGCUGCCGUAUCCAUUCAAGCACUAUGGAGAGGAAGACUUGCUUGCAAACUUUUUAAUCGCUUGAAACGGGAGGCGGCUGCUGUGAAAAUUCAGAAGCAUGUACGCAGAUAUGAAGCAAGAAAAGCUUACAAGAAACUCCAUGUCUGUGCACUUACCUUGCAAACGGGUUUAAGGGCAAUGGCUGCUCAUAAGGAAUUCAGAUAUAGGAAGCAAACCAAAGCUGCCAUCAUUAUUCAGACCCAGUGGCGUUGUCAUAAAGCUGUUUCCUACUACAGUAGGCUCAAGAAAGGAGCAAUUGUCUCACAAACCAGAUGGAGGGGAAGAAUUGCCAGGAAGGAACUUAGGAAGCUCAAAAUGGAAGCAAGGGAAACUGGUGCACUAAAGGAGGCCAAAAAUAAGCUUGAGAAACAAGUAGAGGAAAUCACUUGGCGCUUACAACUGGAAAAGCGUUUAAGGACCGACUUAGAAGAAGCAAAAGCAAAUGAGGCAACCAAAUUUCAGAAUUCAAUAGAAGAAUUGAAUAAGAAGUUAGAAGAAACAAAUGCAUUGCUAGUAAAGGAACGAGAGGCUGCGAAGCAGGUUAUUGAAGAAGCACCUCCUGUUAUCAAAGAAACUGAAGUACUUGUUGAAGAUACAAAGAAAGUUGAGUCUCUAACAGCAGAAGUGGAAGAACUAAAGGCAUCUUUGGAAUCUGAGAAAGAAAGAGCUGAUAGUAACGAGCAGAAAUAUAAUGAAGUCCAAGAGGCUUGUGAGGAAAAACAAAAAAAAUUAGAAGACACAGAGAAAAAAGUUCAACAGCUUCAGGAAUCUCUGCAAAGGCUAGAAGAGAAGCUCACAAACUUGGAAUCAGAGAAUCAAGUGCUGAGGCAACAGGCUGUGUCCAUGGCACCCAACAAGUUCCUUUCAGGACGCUCCAGAUCAAUUAUGCAGCGGGCUGAAAGUCACAUUCCAGUGGAAGCAAAGGCAGGAUUGGAGCUGCACAGUGCUUCCCUAAAUCAAAGGGACUCUGAAGUAGAUGAUAAACCACAAAAGUCACUAAAUGAGAAACAACAAGAGAACCAGGAGUUGCUCAUUCGCUGCAUUGCCCAACACCUAGGCUUUUCAGGGAACAGACCUAUUGCUGCCUGUAUCAUAUACAAAUGCCUUCUGCAAUGGAGAUCAUUUGAAGUUGAGCGGACUAGCGUCUUUGAUCGUAUAAUUCAGACCAUAGGCCACGCCAUUGAGACUCAGGAUAACAAUGAUGUAUUGGCAUACUGGUUAUCCAAUGCAUCGACACUUCUCUUGCUACUUCAGCGCACAUUGAAGGCGAGUGGUGCAGCAGGAAUGGCUCCACAACGUCGCCGAUCAUCAUCUGCUACUCUAUUUGGAAGAAUGACACAGAGUUUCCGUGGAGCUCCCCAAGGAGUCAACCUUUCCUUAAUCAAUGGGGCCAUUAAUGGGGGAGUAGAUACCUUGCGACAAGUUGAAGCCAAGUACCCAGCUUUGCUUUUCAAACAGCAGCUUACAGCAUAUGUUGAAAAAAUUUAUGGAAUGAUUCGAGAUAAUCUGAAGAAAGAAAUUUCUCCUUUGCUUGGACUGUGCAUCCAGGCACCAAGAAUAUCCAGAGCAAGCUUAGUAAAGGGAGUACGUUCAGUUGCAAACACAGCAGCACAACAAGCUUUGAUUGCUCACUGGCAAGGGAUUGUGAAGAGUCUUGGGAACUUCUUAAACACUUUGAAAGCAAAUCAUGUACCCCCAUUCUUAGUUCGCAAGGUGUUCACUCAAAUAUUUUCUUUCAUCAAUGUUCAACUAUUUAACAGUCUUUUGUUAAGGCGAGAGUGCUGUUCAUUUAGUAAUGGUGAAUACGUUAAAGCUGGAUUGGCUGAAUUGGAACAUUGGUGUUACAAGGCAACAGAUGAGUAUGCAGGUUCAGCCUGGGAUGAGCUCAAGCACAUAAGACAGGCUAUAGGGUUUCUGGUCAUACAUCAAAAACCUAAGAAAACAUUGGAUGAAAUAAGCCAUGACCUGUGUCCGGUUCUUAGUAUACAGCAGCUAUAUCGGAUUAGUACGAUGUACUGGGAUGACAAGUAUGGGACACACAGUGUGUCCUCAGAAGUAAUAUCUAAUAUGAGAGUGUUGAUGACUGAAGAUUCAAACAAUGCUGUUAGUAGUUCUUUCCUGUUGGAUGAUGAUUCAAGCAUUCCAUUUUCAGUGGAUGAUUUGUCCAAGUCAAUGGAACAAAUUGACAUCGCAGACAUUGAACCACCACCUCUUAUUCGUGAGAAUUCAGGAUUUAGUUUCUUGCUGCCACGGGCUGAUUAAACAUGCAAGGGUUAUCUUUAUCUCUCUACUGAUUAAACAAGAAAAAACAAAAAGAUUCAGAGUCACAGAGCAAGUUCUUCAAUUAUGGAUAUGUCCUUAUGGGGUUUUGUUCAUUACUGAUUUCUCAUUGCAUUAGACUCAUUUUGAGAUCUGCUUUCGAUUCUUUUUUCUUCUUUGUCAAUGGUAGUGAUAGUUUUGCUUCAUAGAAGGAUGCAAUUUUCUCCCUUAUCAAUGUAAUGAAACUCUUUUUGUUUUGUUGUACAAGU